CCAACUUCCCAUGUUGUAGUGUGUGCUCCUUGGGGGUUGAGAUUUCUUGGUUAACCGUGUUCCUGUCCGGGCGACUUGCCCGGCGUCCCAGCAGCAAGGGGAACAGUCGUUGAGCACUUGGAAAGAAAAGAGUGUUGUGUUUGUGUUUGAAUUUCUGUGAGUGUGAAUUUCUAGGGUGCCACCCCUCUUGCUUGGUCGAAUGCGUGCAUGUGCGUGCCAGUAGUAAGUGUUCGGAAUUUGAAGCAGAAGUUGAUGGUGGAAAUCGAUCUCCUUAGCAGCGUAAAAAAAACCCGUAGGCAAGCGUGAGCAAGCCCCGUGAAAUCAAACCGCGAGUGAAAAAUGAACGAUAAGAGCUGCUUCGAGCGUAGUGCGAGCGUUGGUGCCAGCUAUGAUAUCGGGCGACGGAUGGCCGCCUCGGGUGGUGCUACCGGACCCCGGGUGGAUCGCUCGAAAUCGUGCGCCGGCAGCAGCGGGGCUGGGCUGAGCGCGUCCGGGUCCGGGAAAAUCGGCGCUGAAAGUCGCCGCAAAAGUGCUUCCUUUGAUGUGGACCGCAACCGGGGAGCGGAAGCGAUGGCCUCGGCCGCCACUUCCGGUGGGAUGGGCCGGGGCGGGCCGGCCCCCGGUGGCAGCGGUGACACGGGUAUCCGUCGGCGAAGCAGCAGCAACAGCUCCGUGCACAGGCGAUCGCAAUCAAAAAUCUCAACCCUAGUGCAGCAUCGUUCGGAGCAGCAGCAUCACACAUCGGAGCAGAAAAUGCGCGCCAUUGGACGGGUCGGCCAGGCGGUGAACCUGGCGGUGGAGCGGUUCGUAACGGUCGGCGAGACAAUCGCAGAUGACAAUCCCGAGAUUAAGCAGGACAUGUACGAUGCCUGCAAGGAGGCACGAGCAGCCG